UAGUGUGGUAAUUCCCUGGCCUGUUUGGUUAAUUAUUUAGGAUAUUUGUAUUUUUUCGCGUGGUAUUUCAAUCGCGUGGACUUAAUUAUUUUAUGACCAUGGAUUAAAGCUCAUUUUUCUUUUUUUUUUCUUUCCGGUAAGGUAUUGUAGCAAUGAUUUGAUAGCUGUGCUGUACUAAUAUUUAGUUUGGAUUUGAUUAAAUAAUUAUUUGAAGUAGAUUUUAUUUUUCUAAAAUUGUUUCAUGGAAAAAAUUUAAUUUUUAUUUAAUUUUAAUUCAAAAGUUCUGAGCUUUAGUUCAUGGAUUGAUUAAUUGUAUAUUGGAUUGUUAAUAUUGUAUUUGCUAUAUCAAUUUAAGUUCUGGCCUGUGUACCAUCUGACUCCCAUAUUUAAAUUGAUUGUAACCUUACAAGUUGCCGGCUUGGUUAAGUUAAUACCUGGGAUUACGUAGUGUCUGUGUGUAUGUGGCACCAGGGUCCGGUUGGUGUAUGAAAUAGUCACAGAUUUAUAGGGAUAUCCUGAGUUUUAAAUGUGAUUUGCCGGCAACUGACAAUUUUUAUGUGUGUGCUUAAGUGAUUUUAUUAAAAGCAAUUGGAAUUGUUAGGCAUUUAAUAAAAUAAAUUGUUUAUUCACAUUGGAAGUGUUUUGACUUCCCCAGGGAAUGUUGUAUUGUAUUUGGCCAAUUUUGUAUUAAUAAAUAUGUUGCAGGGAAGAUUGUGAAUUUGUAAUUCACAAAGUUGGACCGGAUUUAACUUGUGUUACAAGUUGAAUCGUUCAGAGUUAUCAGUAUUGCACAUAUUGACAAUUUUUGUUUUGGUUUAGUGCAGUAUUGAUAUAUUUCAAUUUGGUUUAAUAUUUGUAAUACAAAAUUAAACCAGGUUUAAAUUGUUUUACAAAUUAAACCGUAAGAGAUGACCCAAGUGUGUUAUACAUAUUUCGGUUAGAGUAAUAAAAUUAUAUUGUUUAUACGUAUUGGAUAUAGAAUUUCGUUUGAUUUUGUUUUACGAAAUUAAACGGGGUCUAAAUUGUUUUACAAAGUAGACCGUAUGGUGUAACUCAAGUGUGUUGUAUACAUUUUUGUUACGGGAGUUCUAUUUUACAUAUUUGAAUAUAAGAUUUUGUUUGAUUUUGUUGUACAAAAUUAAACAAGGUUUAAAUUGUUUUACGAAUUAAACCAGAAGGUGUAACUUAAGUGUGUUGUACAUAUUUUUGUUGCGAAAAAAUCUUUUAUACACAUUGGGAUAUUGCUGCUGGCCCAAUUAUCAAACCGAAGUUAUUAUUUUGUGAUCUUUGUAAUAGGAUUCGUUAUACGAAACUAGACAAAUAUUUGCUGGAAAGAACAUCUGUUGUACAGAUUGAAACAACCGGGAUAAACUUAUCAAAAAUAGUACUUUGUGACACUUGAUAUAAUUUGUAAUUAAUCAUGAGUGAUAAGGGAGAGAAAGCAACACCAAGAGGUUUUGGUCGUGGUUUUAGUUUUAGUUCUGAACCAAGAAUGGUGAGUCACAAAGUGAAAAUGAAUUAUGCUUCUGUAAGCGAAUUGCAAUUGGUGCCACACAUUGGAAGUAAAAUUGCUGGCAGAAUCGAGGCACUAAGAUAUGAAGUAGGAAAUUUAACACCGGGACUGUUACGAGCGGCCUUUGGACACGGAAUGACAGAGAGUGUCUUGAUGUGCAUGGACUUUGAGGAAAAUCCAGCAUUGAGUCAGAGGAAAGAACUUCGGGGGAGCAAUAUGUUGGAUCCAAAAGUGUUGGCCGACAGAUUCCAAAAUGUACUCAAAUUAGAUAAAGAGGUAAAGGAGGAAAGAACACAUAGUAAAAAAGUUGCAGCUUCCAAAAUGGCUAGUUGGUCUUCAGAUGGCUCGGAAGAGGAAAGCGAAACUGAAAGAAAGGUAAAGUCAAAAGCCAGCUUUAGUAAGAAACGGGGCUCGGAUUCAGAUGAAAAAGAAGAAGAAUUUUUAAAAUGCAAGUCUCAAACAAAGAAAAUAAAACAAAAGUUGUACAAACGAGACAAAUACAUUGAAGAAUCUGAUGACUCUGAAGUUGAAGAUAGAAUGCCAGUAAAGAGGAGGAGUAAGAAACACAAACAUCAGAGAUUUCUUGACUCUUCAUCAGAUGACAGUGACGAAGACCAGCCACGUUGCAGCACCAAGGGUCAAAGGAUGCCUAGGAAUAUUCCCAAAAGCAUCUCUUAUGACGGGAAAAGUAAUUUUGCUGCAUUCAAGAUGAAGUUCGAGCAGUAUGUCAAGGCAUAUAGUUUGACGGAGGAAGAAUGCAAAAAUUGUCUGUGUUGGUGCCUUACUGGAAAAGCUGCAGAGUACUUCACACUCACAAUGGAGGUCAACAACAGUCUGUCGUACAGACGAUUGAUCAAAAAGUUGGAGCAGAGAUUUGGGUCCAGGGAGUUGGCAGAAACAGCCAAUGUAAGAUUUCAGCAGGCUUGCCAAGGUCCAGAUGAAAGCCUUGAAGAUUGGGCGGACCGUGUUCUAACUCUAGCGACAAAGGCAUUCAGAGAAGUUCCUGACAAAUACGCUAACCAGCAGGCAAUCACCCGUUUUUGUACAGGUUUAUAUGAUAAACCAUCGGCUCAGAACGCUUGUGUCCAGAGACAUAAAACAAUGGAGGGUGCCAUAGAUUAUGUGAAGUGGUACCAACAUGUACACCAGGCAGUAUAUGGAAAAUCCAAGCCCACGCGUUUUACGCGUGAAGAUCCUCCACAUGUGUAUGAGACAAGUGCGGUUCAACAAGGAGUUUCGGGUGAGCAGUUCCAGGAAAUGAUGAACUUGCUUAAAGAAACGCGUGUUACGCGUGACAAGGCGAAAGAUCAUCUUCAGGUUAUUCCUCAAGGUGCAUCUAACGAUCAGUUUAGACAGAUGAUGGACAUGCUAAAGGAGAUGUCAUCAGGUACUGGCGUUGGACGUGGUCGAGGGAGAGGGACUGUAAGAAAAGAUGGUUGUUUUCAUUGUGGGCAGCCAGGUCACAUAAGGUUACGUUGUCCAUUACGUUUAGCAGAAAGGACAUGUUACAAGUGUAACAAGCAAGGGCACAUUCAAAGAGAUUGCCCUGAGAAUGGUAACAGGACAGCAAAUCAUUUAAACUGGAGGGGGUCGGGUGUGAGGGCCGAACCCGUACCCAAGAAGCCAAUGGCCUAAAUAAGAAAAA